UUCUCGCUUUCGUCUUUACCAAGUUGGAUAUCUCUAUGUCCUUGCACGGAAACACCAGAUUCAGGACAAUGCGCCCACCCAUUUAUUGGAGUUCAAUUUGCUCCCCAACAAUUACAUAUACAUCUAUGCUACCUCAUUUGAAAUAUAAUCUUGGACGAGCAACAUCUUGCGACAAGUUUCAACUCUUUAAUCGUGGACUACACUCCAGACAAUACAGCUCGCAGCUCAAACCAGCCAUAUAUCGAACCUGCCGUCUCUCUACGCUCAGAUUAGACGGACAAUCACGUCGACCAAACACUAACAGACGUCUCGGUCUUCGAAGCUUCACAACCACGAAAUUAGCGAAAAUGGCGUCGGAUGACGAUUAUAUGGCAUUCCUUGACAAGGCCAAUCGGGACCCGAACGAAGGCUACGCCGCAUCGCAAAGCAACAGCAAGACAGAACUCAAGACCACAGAUGACGGUGCCAAGAUCCCUACUGCCAUCCAGGAAGCAACAAAAGACGCCUUUUAUGUCAGCGAUUCCGACGAACCUUUUGUACCGGUAUCUCUGGCUUGGAAUGAGGGUGGAAAAGGACUACCUGAUGAAGGGGAGCUAGCGACCUUGAUACACCACCCCGACCCCGCCAACGCAGAUAUCGAAAUACAGGACCCAGCCGAGUGGGAUACGCAAGGGCAAUACAGGGCGAUCCUCGACGCGGUGACUAAGGCUGGCAAGGGAAAUGAUGUGCGCGUCUAUAGAGUCGCAAGAGGAGGCGCCAGAGUCGAGUACUGGGUCCUAACGACUGAUGGGAAGGGCGCGAAUGCUAGGCUUGUCGGCGCAAAGGCGUUGGCGGUUGAAAGCUAGUUGCGGGGCUAUAAACUCGUUACGGGAACAUCAGGGCAUCCGUGGCUGCGCGGGGCUGCCUAGACACUUUCUGAUAUUAUCAUCUGGAGAAUUACCCCUGGGUUUAAGAUGCUAGGACCGGGUGCUGUUUUGGAGGAGGCAGAUGGCCUUUCUCGCGCGCUGCGCCAGGCUACCCGAGGGAGUCAUGAAACAGAACAAUAUGUCACUCCUAUACAGUCUCUUCCAAGUCUCCUCUUCCCAUCACAUGGUUGGGCUGUUAAGGUACGGAUGAACAAUUGAUCAUUGCAUUAUGUCUAGCCAACUACAGGGUAUGAUUCGCCCUACACACAUCACAGAGGCAGCUACCGAAGUGAUCUUUGCAGUCAUAUACCUAGGUACCUAUUCUUGCAAUGAGCAGCUACUAUCUAUAUUGCUCACAUGGCCCUUAGACAAAUAAACCGACCUGCUGGCCGUCUAGAUUAUCUGUGUGCUGUCCCACACCGUAUUCAUAGUUUCAUCCGUCAUAUUCAUCAUGAUUU